AUGAGCAUUGAAGUGGUUGACUUUGGCUCAUUUGGCUUAGGAAAAGCUGAGCCUUCAGCCAUUGAAAUGGCACGAUUGUCCACAGAGAUCGUACGCGCCUUCAGUGACCUCGGGUUUGUGUACCUCAAAAACACUGGGAUUGAAGAUCAAAAAGUAUUUGACGUGAUAGACAUCUGCAAGAAGUUCUUCAUACUUCCAAGUGACAUUAAGCACCGGUACGCCCGCUCAGUGGACUCUGAAAUUCUAAAUCAUGGCUGGGUUGCAGCAGAGAUGGAAAGCUUAAAUCCUACACAGCCAGGGGACCUGAAGGAAGCUUUUAAUGUGUCAACAUUAUCUUCACUUGCUAAAUGGCCUUCUAUCAAUGAAUUUAGGGAAUGUAUAGAAUCAUUCUUCAAAGCCUGUGAGCAGCUGUCGGUCCGAAUUCUGAAAGUGAUUGCACUGGGCCUGGGUCUCGAGAUUGACUUCUUUAUCAACAAGCACAAAAAGAUGGACAGUAAUCAAAAUCUUACAACCCUUCGACUUCUGUAUUAUCCAUCAAUACAUAAAUACUCGGUGAAGGGACAUCAGGUCCGGUGUGGAGAGCAUUCCGAUUAUGGCACCUUCACUUUACUCUUCCAAGAUAAGAGUGGAGGGUUAGAGGUUAUGCACAAGUCUGGUCAGUACGUUGCUGCUCCCCACUUCCCAAACGCUGUUCUCCUCAACAUAGGCGACCUGCUGCAGAGGUGGACAUCUGACAGAUUGAUAUCCACGGUACAUCGUGUCCUUCUUCCACAGUCUGAUGACAAGAUGUGUGGAUCUAGACAGUCAUUGGCUUUCUUUGUUCACCCUGAUAAUGAUGUAAUCGUCACAUGCUACGAUGGAUCUCAGAAGUACCCUCCCACCAACUCUCUACAAUACUUAAAGGAACAUUUCCGUUCCACAUACAAACUGUAA